GCCAAGCCCAAGUUCGUGAGUAUCUUGCACUUGUAGGGCCGAUGCAACUGUAGCAACUAGCAACAACCUUGCUCUGUGUCAAGUAUCGGCAAUCAACAGAUUCGCCAAUACAGCUCUUAAAUUAAAGUUUCAUCUGCGCGUUUCCUUGCGCGACGGAGACAUAUGGCGGGAUUGUUCGAAGUACAAAAGAGACCGGGAGGACGGCCAUUGGGCCCUCCUCCAAGAGGUCGUCCUCCUCUUCAGCCGGUUGAUCGUGAAAAGACUUGUCCAUUAUUGCUUCGUGUUUUCACCAAGAUAGGGAGCCAUCAUUCCAAGGAAGACUUUGCAGUUAGAGGCAAGGAACCCAAGGAUGAGGUUCAAAUCUAUACAUGGAAGGAUGCUACUCUUCGUGAAUUAACUGAUCUGGUCAAAGAGGUGGCUCCAGCCGCAACAAGAAGAGAUGCAAGAUUGUCCUUUGCUUUUGUAUAUCCUGACAAAAAUGGUCGCUUUGUGGUGCGAGAGGUUGGAAAGACCUACUCUAACAGAAAUGGGAAAUUAGAUGAUGGCAAGGCAUUGGCUGAGCUUGGCUUCCAGAUUGGAGAUUACUUGGAUGUUGCAAUUCUGUAGAGUUUUUGUUGUUGUUUUUUGUUUUUUUGAAUUUAUUAUUAUAAUUAAACAGUAUUUAGUUUGAUGGCGGUGUACCAUUAGGAUGAUUUUGGGAUAUCAGUUUAUGCCUGAUAUGAUAAGUACUAUUUCUAAGAGAAUAUUUGAAAGGAAUGAGCCACGGCAAUUAAUCAGUAUAAGUAAAUAGGUAGUGGUGUUUUCCAUUUUAGUA